AUGGAACAGAUUCAAAAGAAAAUAAUGCGCAUCAUCGAAAGAGAAAGAAAGAAAUGUUUGAAGGAGACGCUCCUCCAAGGAGUCGGGCAUGAGUUUCAAAGCCUGUUGGCCAUAUGUAAUCGCGAUGCCGUACCGGCGUCUAGAAGAUAUCUGGGACUGAGAUUCACGAAAUGGUUAGUUCUUGUGCUCACUGUAGAGACCGCGAUGCGAUGA